AUGGCUUCCAAAGAUCACAGUUUCGAAGAGAGGCAGGUUGAUCCUGCUGCGCGUCACUCUCUGCAGGGUUCGGGCAUCGACGAGAAAGCAGCCGCCAUGCACACCGAGAACGCGCAUGAAGCGGCUGCGAGAGGUCAUGUGGCCACCGACAAAUACGGUCAUCCCAUCGUCGUCUUCGACCCCAAAGCCGAGGCGAGGCUGCGCAUGAAGAUCGACCUCUAUAUUGUGCCCACCGUGGCGCUCCUGUAUCUAUUUUGUUUCAUCGAUCGAGCCAAUAUUGGCAAUGCCAAACUCGCCGGCUUCGAGAAAGAAUUAGGGUUGACAGGAUACGACUACAACAUUGUUCUUUCGGUCUUCUACGUCUCGUACAUCCUUUUCGAGCUUCCGGGUAAUGUGGCCUGCAAAUACUUCGGCCCUGGCUGGUUCAUUCCUGCCGUCUCACUGGGAUUCGGCAUCUGCUCGCUGGGAACGGCUUUCGUGCACAACAUGUCGGCAGCGUGCGGUGUGCGCUUCCUCCUCGGCAUCUUCGAGGCUCCCAUGCUACCGGGAAUCGCGUACUAUCUGUCCCGAUGGUACCGACGAAGCGAGCUGGCUUUCCGCCUGUCGCUGUACAUCGUGAUGGCGCCUCUCGCAGGCGCCUUCGGUGGUCUUCUCGCCUCGGCCAUCCUCAACCUCGACAGUUUCGGCAGUCUCCACACGUGGCGCAUGAUCUUUGCCAUCGAAGGCAUCAUCACGUGUGGCCUCUCGGUCGUCGCCUUCUUCACCCUGACCGACCGCCCCGCAACCGCCCGGUGGUUGACUCAAGAGGAGAAGGACCUGGCCAUUGCACGGGUCAAGUCCGAGAGAGUCGGCACGACCGAAGUCCUCGACAAGCUGGACGUGCCCAAGAUCCUCCGUGGGAUCAUCAGCCCCCUCACCCUCUCGACCGCGUUCAUCUUCCUGCUCGACAAUAUCACCGUGCAAGGUCUGGCCUUUUUCCUACCCACCAUCGUACGAACCAUCUACCCGAAAAACUCGGUGGUGUCGCAACAACUGCACACCGUCCCACCGUAUGUGGUGGGGGCCUUUUUCACCGUCAUGUUCCCGUUCCUGUCGUGGCGCUUCGACCGCCGCAACAUCUUCUUCAUCAUGUCCACGCCGCUGAUGAUGGUCGGCUACAUCAUGUUCCUGGCCAGCACGAACGCGCAGGUCCGCUACGGCGCCACCUUCCUCAUCGCCGCCGGCGCCUUCUCGUACGGCGCCCUCUGCAACGCCCAGGUCUCGGCCAAUGUCGUCUCCGACACCGCCCGCUCCGCCGCCAUCGGCACCAACGUCAUGUUGGGCAACGUCGGCGGCUUGAUCUCGACAUGGUCGUUUCUGCCUUUUGAUGGGCCGAAUUACCAUAUUGGCAACGGCCUGAACCUGGCCACGUCCUCCACCAUUUUGGUCUGCUCUAUUCUCUUGCAGCUCUGGAUGUAUGCCGACAAUAAGCGACGAGAGAAGAAGGACGUGGAUGCUGAGUUGGAUGGGUUGUCGAUGAAGCAGGUCCAGGAUUUGGAUUGGCGGCAUCCGGCUUUCAGAUGGAAGCCAUAA